GCCGUGUUCUCUUCCUUCUUCUUAAUUUCAUGUAACACAACACACUCUUUUCCCAUUCCCAUUAUUGCUAUUUCUGAUUCUCUCACUCUACUCAACGUUUGAUCUAUUCUUCCGUUUCUACACUUCACUAUGCCUUCCCCCUUUCUUUUGGGCAUAGUCAUGUUCCCAUGUUAUUUCCUGGGUUGACUUUUCCAAUGUUAAAGGGUGUGUUCUUAUGAGGAUUGUAGUGCUAUGGAAUCUAUGCAUUUUGUGCUGCAGCUUCAUUAGAUACCAAUCUUGGUGAAUUAUUUGAACAACUUGCUGUUUGUUGGUUUUUGUUUUGGGAGUCGGUGAAUAUGGUUGUGAGUAGCCAAAUUUUCAGUGCUUGUGUUAUUGUUAGUUUCUUUCUGCUGAUUAUUUGUGGCAUGACUUAUGGCACUGAUAGUGAUCUAUUCUGCUUGAAAAGUGUGAAACGUUCACUUGAAGACCCCUAUAAUUAUUUGCAAUAUUGGAAUUUCAACAACAAAACAGAAGGGUUUAUAUGCAAGUUUACUGGGGUUGAAUGUUGGCACCCUGAUGAGAACAGAGUUUUGAAUCUCAAACUGUCCAACAUGGGGCUUAAGGGUCAGUUUCCCCGUGGCAUUCAAAAUUGCUCAAGCUUGACAGGAUUAGAUUUUUCUCUUAACAGACUCUCUCAAACCAUUCCGGCGGAUAUAUCUACCCUUCUUAAAUUUGUGACAUCUCUUGAUCUAUCUUCAAAUGAUUUUACUGGGGACAUACCUCUGUCCCUUGCAAACUGUACUUACCUUAAUGCUCUUAAACUUGACCAAAACCAACUCACUGGUCAAAUUCCUGCACAAUUGAGUCAGUUACCGCGGCUUAAGUCAUUUAUUGUCUCCAAUAAUCUAUUGACAGGGCAAGUUCCAACCUUUAGAAAUGGUAUAGUUAGUGCAGAUAGUUAUGCAAAUAAUUCAGGCCUAUGUGGUGGUCCCUUGGAGCCUUGCCAGCCCAAGUCUUCCAAGAGUAACACUGCAGUUAUAGCUGGUGCAGCUGUUGGUGGUGUGACUUUUGCAGCAUUAGGAUUGGCUGUUGGAUUGUUCUUUUAUGUGCGCCACGUUUCUUAUAGGAAAAAGGAAGAGGACCCUGAAGAAAACAAGUGGGCAAGAAGUCUAAAGGGAACUAAAGGAAUAAAGGUUUCUAUGUUUGAGAAGACAAUUUCAAAAAUGAACUUGAGUGAUCUCAUGAAGGGUACUAAUAACUUCAGCAAAAGCAAUAUUAUUGGGACAGGAAGAUCAGGAACCGUUUACAACGCUGUUCUUGAGGAUGGUACAUCACUCAUGGUUAAGAGAUUGCAGGAAUCUCAACACUCAGAGAAAGAAUUUCUGGCUGAGAUGGGUACACUAGGGACUGUCAGACAUCGAAACUUGGUUCCUCUUUUAGGGUUUUGCAUGGCCAAAAGGGAGAAACUUUUGGUCUAUAAAAAUAUGCCAAAUGGUAACCUCUAUGAUCAACUACAUCCUGCUUCUGAUGGGUGCAACAUGGAUUGGUCUCUAAGGCUCAAAAUUGCAAUUGGAGCAGCCAAAGGAUUAGCAUGGCUUCAUCAUAACUGCAAUCCUCGCAUUAUCCACCGAAACAUAAGCUCUAAGUGUAUAUUGUUGGACGUAGAUUUUGAGCCCAAAAUUUCUGAUUUUGGCCUUGCUAGAUUGAUGAACCCGAUUGAUACACAUUUGAGUACUUUUGUAAAUGGGGAGUUUGGUGAUUUAGGUUAUGUUGCUCCUGAAUAUACAAAAACUUUGCUGGCUACUCCAAAGGGAGAUAUUUACAGCUUUGGAACAGUGCUUCUUGAGUUGGUAACAGGUGAAAAAGCUACUCAUGUGGCUAAAGCUCCAGAAACUUUUAAAGGAAAUUUGGUAGAAUGGGUUACACAGCUAUCUAGCAACUCAAAACUCCAUGACGCCAUUGAUGAAUCACUAAUUGGGAAGGGUGUAGAUCAGGAGCUUUUCCAAUUUCUGAAGGUUGCAUGCAACUGUGUUACAGCAGUUCCAAAGGAGAGGCCUACCAUGUUUGAAGUAUACCAAUUUCUAAGAGCCAUUGGGAGUAGAUAUAAUUUCACAACUGAGGAUGAGAUAAUGCUACCUACAGACACUGGUGAUAUUGAUAACUUAGAAGAACUUAUUGUAGCUCGAGAGGAACAUGAUUGAAAAGGUAUGUGAGAAUUGAGAUAUAAUUAGGGUAUGUGAUCAGUUUCAAUAUGUAAGUAUCUCUUGCUUUGUGGUCAUAAAAAUAAAUGUUAGUGUUAUAUACUUACAUAUAGGUUUUAUGGUCUAGACUAGAUCCAUUUGUGUGCUAUCAAUAUUGAAACGUCAAUUUAAUAUCAUCAAAUCAAGGAUGCCCAUUAUAUACAGGUGACUUUGUUUAAUG